UCAGUAUGUUGUCGUGGCUUUCCUUUCCCAAGGAAUCGUCAUCAAAAAAGUCUUUUUAGCAGUUGCGUUGAUUUGGUCCACAGAAGACCUUUCUGUCUGCUUUCAAGAGACCUGCUUGUGUUGUGUUGUGUAACAUAUCUUCAUCGCCAGAAUGCCUGGUCCCGCUGCUAGUGCCACCAAUGUUGGAGCGUCCAGUCGCUCUCCCAGCAAAACAGUAGCCCCCCGGGCAGCAGGAUCCACAGUGCGGCAGAGGAAAGCCACCAGCAGUGGAACACGAAGUGCAGGCAGAGCCACCGCAUCAACAGGGACAGGAGGCAUGUGGCGCUUCUACACUGAGGACUCACCAGGGCUUAAAGUAGGGCCAGUCCCAGUCCUGGUGAUGAGUCUGCUGUUUAUCGCCUCUGUCUUCAUGCUGCACAUCUGGGGCAAGUACACACGCUCCUGAACGUCUUCGUGAUCCUCGACCCCCCGACCUGUUUUCGUUUCUUAAGCCAUCGGACCUGGACCAAACCCGCCACCCUGCCCCAGGGGUCAGACAGACCUACAGCCACCCCUCCCCUGACAGUCCACAUUGCUAGCCUGGGUCUGAAGAUAUUCUCACGCCUGUCAAGGCGCAUCAUGAAUCUCAUGUUUUUCCUCUUCCAUUUUAUUUUUGUCUUCUUAUAUUUCUUUUGCAGACAUAAUUUGUACACAGUGUUAAGUAAUAAUUUUCAAUAAAGUAAGGUCUAUAA